UAGACAACAGCAUCCAAGCAAAUCUGAAAAUGGAAGCCAAAAUCCUGCCUUCUUCUCUAAUCCCCAAAGCAUCCGCCUUUGUUCCUAGAAAACCAUCUCAAUUCUACUCUCGCCAUUGCCGCACUAUCCGAGCAACAGAGAAUGAGGCCAACAACACUGAGAGGACCGUAGAAGCUGACGCUGCUCCACCGCGUGAGGCGCCAAGCACGCUCAACAUCCGGCGGCUGUCGAGAAGACAAGCAAGACGACUGGAGCUGGAACAGCAACAAAUUGUAGACAGAGCGCCAGCACAGCCGCCAUUACGCAAGGAUUGGGAGUCAAUGACACUUGGCGAGAAGGCAGUGGAGUUGUAUGUUGGGGAGAAGGGCCUCCUCUUCUGGCUUAACAAGUUCGCUUAUGCUUCCAUCUUUAUAGUCAUUGGUGGCUGGAUCCUCUUCCGUUUCGUUGGCCCUUCUCUUGGUCUCUACCAGCUUGAUGCUCCUCCUUUGCCACCUUCAUCCAUAUUCAAAGGUUGAUCUUUUAAGCAUCAAUGGCUCUUGAAAUCUAGUUGUACUUUGAAUCCAAUAUAGCAAUGAUCCUGCACCGAAAUGGAAAUUUCAUUGUGCUUUUAAUUGAAAUAUUUAAAUGGAAUCUAGCACAUAUCUCACCUGUUUCUGUUUA